AUGGGAUACAGUGAUCCAGAAUACAGGAAAAGACGUGCUUAUAUUUCAGAACUCGCCUUUGGAUAUAAACAGGGUGACCCAUUACCGACCGUGGAGUACACAGCAGAGGAGGUGUCCACAUGGAGAGAGGUGUACCUAAAGCUGCGCAGCGUGUACCCCAGUCUGGCCUGCGCUCAGUUCCUGGAGGCUCUGCAGCAGCUGGAGGCGGAGUGCGGCUACAGCGAGGAGCGCAUCCCCCAGCUCCGGGACAUCUCUGCCUUUCUGAAAGAGAGGACGGGCUUCCAGCUGCGCCCUGUGGCGGGCCUGUUAUCCGCCAGAGACUUCCUCGCCAGUUUGGCUUUCAGGGUGUUCCAGUGCACGCAGUACAUCCGCCACUCCUCUGCUCCCAUGCACUCCCCAGAGCCAGACUGUUGUCAUGAGCUGCUCGGCCAUAUCCCCAUGCUGGCGGAUUCAGAGUUUGCACAGUUCUCACAGGAAAUUGGAUUGGCGUCACUUGGUGCAUCAGAUGAAGAAAUUGAGAAAUUAUCAACACUAUACUGGUUCACUGUGGAGUUUGGACUGUGCAAACAAAAUGGAACAGUGAAAGCUUAUGGAGCCGGUCUACUUUCUUCUUAUGGAGAGCUCGUUUACGCCUUAUCCAAUGAGCCAGAGUAUAAGGAAUUCAAUCCAGAGGAGACUGCAGUCCAGCCAUAUCAGGACCACACAUACCAACCAGUUUAUUAUGUAUCAGAAAGCUUUGAAGAUUCAAAAAAUAAAAUGAGGAGGUAUGCUGCCAACAUCAAGCGCCCAUUUGCGGUGUGUUAUGAUCCAUUUACAUGUAAGGUGGAAGUCUUGGACCAGCUCAGCAAGAUUAAACCUGUUCUGAACCAAGUGAGAGAAGAUUUGAAGACUCUCCAGAGUGCAUUGGAAAAACUCAGCUUGUGA